GGGACCGAGCUCGCCGCCUGCCGCCGUCGCCGCAUCGGUCGCCACAGCUCCGAGUGUCCGCGACCGCGUCGCCGCGUACCCAGCAGCCAUGCGGGAGAUCGUGCACCUGCAGGCCGGCCAGUGCGGCAACCAGAUCGGGGCCAAGUUCUGGGAGGUGAUCAGCGAUGAGCACGGCAUCGACCCCACCGGCACGUACCACGGGGACAGUGACCUGCAACUGGAGAGGAUCAAUGUCUACUACAACGAGGCCACGGGAGGGAACUACGUCCCCCGAGCGGUGCUGGUGGACCUGGAGCCGGGCACCAUGGACUCUGUCCGCUCGGGCCCCUUCGGCCAGAUCUUCCGGCCCGACAAUUUCGUGUUUGGUCAGUCUGGAGCUGGCAACAACUGGGCCAAGGGCCACUACACAGAAGGUGCUGAGCUAGUGGACGCUGUCCUGGAUGUGGUGCGCAAAGAGGCUGAGAGCUGCGACUGCCUGCAGGGCUUCCAGCUGACCCACUCACUGGGUGGCGGCACGGGCUCGGGCAUGGGCACCCUGCUCAUCAGCAAGAUCCGAGAGGAGUUCCCCGACCGCAUCAUGAACACCUUCAGCGUGGUACCCUCGCCCAAGGUGUCAGACACGGUGGUGGAGCCCUACAACGCCACCCUGUCUGUGCACCAGCUGGUGGAGAACACCGACGAGACCUACUGCAUCGACAACGAGGCUCUGUACGACAUCUGCUUCCGCACCCUCAAGCUGACCACCCCCACCUACGGUGACCUCAACCACCUGGUGUCGGCCACCAUGAGCGGGGUGACCACCUGCCUGCGCUUCCCAGGCCAGCUCAACGCCGACCUGCGCAAGCUGGCCGUGAACAUGGUGCCCUUCCCGCGCCUGCACUUCUUCAUGCCCGGCUUCGCGCCCCUCACCAGCCGGGGCAGCCAGCAGUACCGCGCCCUGACGGUGCCCGAGCUCACCCAGCAGAUGUUCGACGCCAAGAACAUGAUGGCAGCCUGCGACCCACGCCACGGCCGCUACCUCACGGUGGCCGCUGUCUUCCGCGGCCGCAUGUCCAUGAAGGAGGUGGACGAGCAGAUGCUGAGUGUGCAGAGCAAGAACAGCAGCUACUUCGUGGAGUGGAUCCCCAACAACGUGAAGACGGCCGUGUGCGACAUCCCGCCGCGCGGCCUCAAGAUGGCAGCAACCUUCAUCGGCAACAGCACGGCCAUCCAGGAGCUUUUCAAGCGCAUCUCGGAGCAGUUCACGGCCAUGUUCCGGCGCAAGGCCUUCCUGCACUGGUACACGGGCGAGGGCAUGGACGAGAUGGAGUUCACCGAAGCCGAGAGCAACAUGAACGACCUGGUGUCCGAGUACCAGCAGUACCAGGACGCCACAGCGGAGGAGGGCGAGUUCGAGGAGGAGGCGGAGGAGGAGGUGGCCUAGGAAGCCUGCCCCCAGGGUCUUCUCCCUGCUUGACUCACCUCUGACCCUUGGAUCCCAGGAACACCCCUUGGUCCCAACCCUGACAGUUUCUUUAGAUCACUGCACCUGUGACCCUGAACCUCACUCUGUCUGCAACCACCCCUGUGGAGCUCUUCCAAUUCUGGUAUCCCCACAAGCCCUGCUUCCUGGCCCUGUAAUCCCCAUCUUUAACUUGAUAAGCCCUCUUUCACCCCUUCUCCCUCCUUCUUCACCUUUGAUCUUUAGACCCCUAGGCCUGCAAACCCUGGAAGCUUUGUGAUCCCUCUGUAGGAGUCUCCCUUCACCUCUCAACUCCACCCCAGAGCCCCAGGAUCCUCCGACCAGUCCUCCCUGCUUUCUGCUUCUUACCUGGCCUCCUCCCCUCAGCUCCCUCUACUUUGGCAGACUGAGGAGAGAUCAAAGGCCUGUAGCCCUAGGAAAGCAUCGUCUCUGCUGUGAACCCCACCACCCUCCCACUGCCUUGUCCUUCAUGAAUAAAGGAAUCAUUUGCCUGGCC